UGAUAAGUUUAAACCGGCUUUGGUUUAGUUUUAUUUACUAUUCGUUUGCUGCUAAAAUGGAAUAUCAACGAAAUGAUGCCAUGCUAAUGGAGAUACUCCAGGAUAGGAAGACAAUUACAGGAUUCCUGGACUCCGUUUUUGGCUUCCUGCGGCGCAAUACCGACUUUUAUCAUACGAAACGAGAUGAAUCGGACAAAAUUGGCUUUCCCAAGGGCAUGAGGGAUCAGAUUCUAUAUGGCGCCAUGCAGCGCUACGAUCCGGACUGCUGGCUCCAAACGAUGACCGCUGAAGGAGGAGCUGAUGGCGAAACUGCUCCGCCAGCCAUUGAAGAAGUGAUCCUGGAAAGCGAAGAUGUUUCCCAAAAUCAAGAUAAAAGUCACAGCCAAAACCUGUCUUCACAAAAACAGAAUGAUUGUUCCACGUUCUCACCCAGCGACUACAAAAAUGGAGCUCUUUUCGAAACACACUGCUGGUCUCAAACACUCAAGGAUGUGGAGAUGCAUGUCCAGCUUCCCAAGGAUCUUCAAGCGGCAAAAAAACUGAGCAUCCUUAUCAAGGCCCAGCACAUUAAAGUCAGCAGCAAACAGAAUCCCGAGAUUAUAAUCCUCGAGGGAAACCUGAGCCAGCGGAUCAAACACAACGAGGCUGUGUGGACAAUUGACCAGAACCAAUUGGUCAUUAGUUGUGAUAAAGCCAAGGAACUGUGGUGGGAGCGUCUCUUUGAAGGCGAUCCAGAAAUCGAUGCCAAGAAAAUUGAAUGCGAACGAUAUAUAGAUGAUUUACCGGAGGAUACCCAGGCUACCAUAGAAAAACUUAGGGCCCAGCAAUUAUCAGCUGAUAAGGAGCAAUAUAAUAUCCAGACCUCGAACCCAGAACAAGCUAAAACCCUGGAUCGUUUAAAAACUGCCUGGGAUGCCGAAGGUUCCCCCUUUAAAGGGCAACCCUUCGAUCCUUCUAUUGUAAGAAUGAGUUAG